CUCAAACAAACUUAACAUUUUCAACUUUAACUUAACCAAAUGGGUUUGUCAUUGGUGAUUUUUCCAGUUUUCCUCUGCAUUAUAACGGCUGUUAUUGGUCUUCCUUAUGAACAUCAGAAGAUUACAUCUUUGCCGUUCAACAAGGAAGAAAGUGGAGGAAUAGCUUAUAAGUGGAACUAUAUGGUUGAAAAUCAGUGCAAGCAACAUCAAUAUGUUUCAUCAGAAGGAGAAGGAGCACCAACAUGCUUUGCAUCGACUGAUUGUCCGACCGCCCCAGAGUUGUGUGAUCACUUCUGCAAAAUUACACUAGCCGCUAGUGGUGGAUAUUGUAGAAAUGGGGAGGGCACAUGUUGUUGCAACAAGAUAUAAGUAACAUCUCUAUUUGUAAUUGAACAACGGC